AUGGACAGCCACUCACCCUUCGCCUCAACCACCACCAACUCCUCCCACAACAACAGCACAUCCAACCUUCACAACAACAACAACCCCUCAACCACAACCAGCAGCAUCACCAACGUCGGACAUAGCAACUUCACCCCCGAGAUGCGUGAUAAGCAAGCCAGAGGCAAAGACCCCUAUGCUGAACGGUCGGAUGAGGAGAGUGAUUUUGAUGGUGGAGGGCCGGCGGUUGGGAUGAUGGGGAGGAGUAUGGGUGCUGGUGGGGGUGUUGGUGGGAGGGGAUUGGGAAGGGGGACGGGGAGAGGAGGUGCGGGUGGGUUGUCAUGGGGUGAGAGGAAGGAUGUUAGGAGGAAAGUAGAAAUCUCCGGCAACGCCAAAGCUCUCUCUAGCAUGUCCAACUCCAAUCACCACGUCGAUUACGACACCCGUGAGAAGCGCCGCAAAGCCUCCAUGUUUCUCAACGACCCCGAGUUGUUGAUAACCCAUGCUGAGGCUAGUGGCAUGACCAUCGCCGGCUCCCGCCACCAUUUCAUGCUCAUGCUUUGUGGUUACGACAACAAAUCGCGUAAGAAAGCGGCGCAGGGCUCUUCCUCGGUCAGCAGUGGUCCAUCGUCGCGCAUGUAUCAGGGUGGAUCGGGGUUCAGUUUCUGAGAAUGACUUGAUGAUCUGAUGUUGUUGACGAGUGAAAAGACACAAAAACUGAUCCAACAUAUCUAUUAUCAACCAC